CAUCUGCCUGUGGGAGAGGGCUCCCAGGUUACCUGUGCAGCUGGAGAAGAGAAGGAGGUGGCCAGGCCUCGUAGCGUUACAGGGCACCCAGGUCCCCUCGCUGAGACAUACGCCUUUCCUGCUCGGAGCCCUGGUGCUGGGGCAGGCUGAGCCACACUUGCUGGAGAGCUACGCUUGGAAGAAGACACUCCAAUGGGAAGCCAGCACCGUCAUUGCAACUUCUCCAGUGGAGAGUAUCUCUGCAAUGAAAAUGGGAUGCGGCAUGCAAUGAUCAUUAUCCCCUCCUUCCUGGCCUCCUCCACAUUGCUGGUGGUGGCGGUCAUCGUCUGGAAGACGUGUCGGAGAGGGAGGGAUGCUGAGAGGGAACCCAUCAUCUUGGUGGAAGAUGAUGUUCCAGGGCAAGAUGGGAAGGAAUAUGACUCCCUGCCAACAGCCACUUCAGCAGAGAGAAUAUUGGAGUUUAAGGAUUCCCUCUUAGCAAAGUGGGAGCUGCCUAAAGACUGGAACAUCCAGGAGGAGGCGUUUUUGGGCAUGGGGCGAUAUGGACAGAUUUCCCGGGCCACCCUCAUCCAAACAGGUUCUUUGGGGCCUUCACUGUCUGUGAUUCUGAGGAAACUACCAGUGGCCACCAGCCCUCAGGAAAUGAAGGAUUUUAUAGAAAUGAUGAAGUUUCACAUCAAGAUCUGUAAACAUGACAGCCUGGUGAAGGUCCUGUGGUGUCAGAGCCAAGCUCUACCCCUCUGCCUCAUCCUGGAGGCCAUGAGCCUAGGAAAUUUACUGCAGUUCCUGUGGCAAGCCCGUCAGGAGGACUUACCCAUUAAGGGGCAUCUUUAUGAGCUGACAGAAAAGAGCGUGUUCACCAUGGCAAUCCAAAUUGCACGCGGACUGGAAUAUCUGACAGAGAGCCAGAAGCUGAUUCAUGGUGACGUAGCAGCUCGAAAUGUCCUGAUCCACCAGGAUAUGACAGUUCGGCUCUGCGGCCUGGGGCUGGCGGGAGAGGUCUACCGCAGGGGCAUGCUGCCAUCUAGGAAAGCAGCUGAGGUGCCCAUCAAGUGGCUGCCACCAGAAAGGAUCCUGAAGCACCCAGUCACAGCCAAGGGUGACGUAUGGUCGUUUGGGAUUCUGCUGUAUGAAAUGAUCACACUCGGUGCUCCCCCUUACCCGACCCUGCUGCCCUCUGAAGUGUUAUCCUGGCUACAGCGUCAGCACCGCAUGCAGAAGCCACAGCAGUGUGGUAGCAAUCUGUAUCGUAUCAUGAGGAGUUGCUGGCAGUGGAAAGCUUCUAAGAGGCCUACGUUUUCACAGCUGAUCAACCAGCUGGACUCUCACAUGCCCCAUGCAAAUGGGGCAGAGCCACUUACUGCCACGGAGAGGCUGGUCUUCAGUGACUACCAACGCAUUGCUGGGGUGUCACCUGGGGAAGUCCCCUUGGAACUCUGUCUCUCUGAUCCUUGUUUAAAGCACAACACGGACAACAACAGUACGCCCCUGUGAAAGAGCCCGGCAGAGAAGUAGAGAGAAGGUGACUGCAGCAAAGUUUAUAUUUCCAUGUUUAUUAUUUUUAAAAUGUGAAAGGAGAAGUUGGCGCCUAUGGUUGGCGCUCGGGGUGGGAGCAGCGCAC